AUGUCGGCGACAAAACAACUGAGCAAGUCGCACGUCGACCGACUGGUAGAGAUAGAAGAACAACUUCUCUACCUAAGAGAAGUCCCGGAUUCCCUCCGUCUGCUGGAGGCGCGAGUUGAUGAAUUCUCCGAGAAGUUUGGAGAAAUAGACGCAGUGAAUGCCCGUGUAGACGGGUUGCCAAUACAAGAUAUAGCCAUGAGGGUUGAGACCSUAGAAAGCAAAGCUACGCGUCCUGGUAGCUUCGAACGUGGAGAUAGUUCCACGAACCCAAACACACAGAUAGAAGUACGUAUGGGAGAGUUAAACAACUCGCAUUCGACAAUGAUGCAAUUGUUUAACGAAAUGACAGAAGACUUCAAAGUAACCAUCGACACCCUCCGAGCUGAGAUGACUGAAAUAAGCACUAGAGUGAACCUAACMAUGCGAGCCGUGGGAAAUCAGGCUCCCAACCAAGYGAACAUGGGGUUCAACAAGUUGAAGGUCCCAGAGCCCAAACCAUUCAAUGGCAAUAGAGAMGYMAAAGAUCUCGAGAACUUCMUGUUCGACGUAGAACAGUACUUCAAGGYUACRGGGACAAYGUCAGAARAGAUGAAAGUGACUUUGGCCACCAUGCAUCUUACUGAUGAUGCAAAGCUGUGGUGGAGAUCUAAAGUCAACGACAUUCAGAAUGGUCGAUGCACGAUCAAUAGCUGGGAUGAUCUGAAGAAAGAAUUGAGGGGUCAGUUCUUCCUCGACAAUGUCGAGUUCAUGGCUAGAAGGAAGCUACGCGAACUCCGACACACUGGAACAAUCCGGGACUACGUGAAACAAUUCUCUGCCGUGAUGCUGGAUAUUCGCGACAUGUCAGAGAAAGACAAGGUGUUCGUCUUUAUCGAAGGACUGAAACUGUGGGCCCGAACCAAGCUGUAUGAACAAAGGGUACAAGACCUUGCCACCGCCAUGGCCUCUGCCGAAAGAUUGCUAGACUAUAGCAGUGAACCAUCCCACCCAAAAAAGAAUGCUACAAACCCCACUGGGGGAAACAAGACGUUCAAACCCUUUACCCCAAAGAUUGGGGGAGCUGACAAGAGACCUCUAGGCCCGAAUCCCGGUCCUUCCCGAGGACCCUAUCCACAAAGUCAAAACGCUCAAAGGCCGAAAUCAUGCUUCUUGUGCAGAGGUCCCCACCAGGUAGCUGAAUGCCCACACCGAGCUGCCCUUACUGCCCUUCAAGCAUCUGUUCAGUCGUGCAAUGAACCUGAAGUUGGAACAGAUUGUGAGAAGGAAGAAGACGAAGAAACACCUAGAAUGGGGGCGUUAAAAUUCCUAUCUGCCAUUCAAAAGAGGGUCAAUGGACCCAAAGGAACGUCCGAAAAGGGGCUUAUGUUCGUAGAUGCURCGAUCAAUUGUAACCCUGCAAAGAGCAYCAUGGUGGAUUCGGGUGCAACCCACAACUUCAUAUCAGAACAGGAAGCCCRCCGACUGAAAUUGACUAUUGAGAAGGAUACGGGUAAGAUGAAGGCCGUCAACUCCGAAGCUUUACCCAUUGUGGGAGUUUCUAAAAGAGUGACGUUGAAAUUAGGGACGUGGACAGGCAGURUCGAUUUCGUAGUAGUUCGCAUGGACGACUUCGACGUUGUACUGGGGAUGGARUUCCUCAUCGAACAUAAAGUCAUACCGAUGCCUCUGGCCAAGUGUAUGAUUGUCACUAGUAAUAGUCCCACUGUGGUCACAGCUAGCAUCAAACAACCUGGUGGCAUAAGGAUGAUAUCCGCGUUACAGUUGAAGAAAGGCCUCAACCGGGAGGAACCUACCUUUAUGCAGCCGGUGGAGACAAGAGAUGUCCCGCCUGAAAUUCAAGUUGUCAUGAGAGAGUAUGUUGACAUAAUGCCAGAUAGUUUACCGAAGACCUUACCUCCUCGACGAGGGAUUGACCACGAAAUCGAGCUCAUUCCAGGCGCUAAACCUCCAGCAAAGAAUGCUUACCGGAUGGCUCCACCGAAGUUAGCCGAACUCCGAAAGCAGCUAGAUGAGUUGUUCAACACUGGGUUCAUCCGCCCAGCUAAAGCUCCCUUCGGAGCCUCUGUGCUGUUUCAGAAAAAGAAGGAUGGGACGUUGCGUCUGUGCAUUGACUAUAGAGCCCUCAACAAAGUCACGGUUCGCAACAAGUAUCCCCUCCCAAUCAUAACCGACCUGUUUGAUCAAUUACAUGGAGCUAAAUACUUCACGAAAUUGGAUCUCAGGUCGGGCUACUACCAAGUGCGUAUUGCAGAAGGUGACGAGCCUAAAACUACUUGUGUGACGAGGUAUGGGGCUUUUGAAUUCCUCGUGAUGCCUUUUGGAUUAACGAAUGCCCCUGCCACGUUCUGUACUAUGAUGAAUCAGGUCUUUCACGAAUAUCUCGAUCAGUUUGUGGUAGUCUAUCUAGACGAUAUAGUGGUAUACAGUCCGACGCUGAAAGAACACCAGAUCCAUCUCAGGUUGGUCUUCGACAAACUAAGGCAGAAUCAGCUAUACGUAAAGAAGGAAAAGUGUGCAUUCGCACAAAAGCGGAUCACGUUCCUUGGCCACGUGAUCGAACAAGGGCAAAUCAGUAUGGACACAGAUAAGGUAAAGACGAUCCAAGAAUGGAGAGUCCCUACCUCUGUGACCGAGUUGCGCUCCUUUUUAGGGUUGGCCAACUACUACCGACGAUUUAUCGAAGGAUUCUCAAGGAGAGCCACCCCAAUGACAGAGUUACUSWAGAAAGRAAUGACCUGRAUGUGGUCGAAGGAAAGUCAGGACGCCUUCGAAGAUCUAAAGGCGGCCAUGAUGAAAGGCCCAGUACUUGGGCUAGCCGACGUGACGAAGCCGUUUGAAGUAGAAACGGAUGCUUCAGACUACGCUUUAGGUGGUGUCCUUCUCCAAGACGRUCACCCGAUYGCUUACGAAAGUCGCAAGCUGAAUAAUGCGGAACGACGUUAUACCGUAUCAGAGAAAGAAAUGCUAGCAGUCGUUCACUGCCUUAGGUCUUGGAGGCAAGAUUGA